CGGUCGUCACCAGUGAUCCCAAACACCUGUGUCUGUCAGUCCAUAGGGGAUCAGUCGGGUGACGGGUGUUGUGGGCGACACACCGUCUCUGCAGUGGAUUUGACGUAAUGUUAAAAUGCCUGGGGGUCGGAGAGGGCUCGUUGCACCUCAAAACACAUUUCUUGAAAAUAUCAUUAGAAGAUACAACUCAUUACCCGAUAGCAGUUUCCUUCUGGCAAAUGCCCAGAUCAUCGACUAUCCCAUUGUCUACUGUUCGGAGUCCUUCUGCAAGAUAUCUGGCUAUAACAGGGCUGAAGUCAUGCAGAAGAGCACUCGAUGUAGUUUCAUGUACGGAGAGAUGACUGAUAGGAACACCAUUACGAGGAUCGAACAGUCCCUCGACAACCAUACGAUGGAACAGUUCGAGAUACUCCUCUACAAGAAGACACGGACUCCAUUAUGGCUUCUCUUACACAUCGCUCCCAUCAAAAACGAGAAGGAUGUGGUCGUCCUGUUUUUGCUCACAUUUCGCGACAUAACUGCACUCAAACAACCCAUCGAAGAGGACGCGGCCAAAGGUCUGAGCAAAUUUGCCCGAUUGGCCCGAUCGGUGACCAGAAGUCGGUCUGUUUUGGCACAACAGUUCUCAUCGCACCUUCCAAUCAUCAAAUCAGAAACGACCAAACAAUCCAGUCUCGGACACUUAAUGAGCCUCAAUGCCGAUGUUCUGCCCCAAUAUCGUCAGGAAGCGCCCAAAACACCGCCACAUAUACUACUCCACUAUUGCGCGUUCAAAGCUAUCUGGGAUUGGGUGAUCUUAUGUCUGACAUUUUAUACGGCUAUAAUGGUUCCCUAUAACGUCGCCUUCAAAAAUAAGACAUCCGAAGACGUCACUCUUCUGGUUCUCGACAGUAUAGUCGACGUGAUAUUCUUUAUCGAUAUUGUGCUCAACUUUCACACAACUUUUGUGGGUCCGGGCGGUGAAGUUGUGUCCGAUCCUAAAAUAAUUAGAAUGAAUUACUUGAGAAGUUGGUUCAUAAUUGACUUACUGUCGUGUCUGCCCUACGAUAUAUUUAAUGCCUUCGACCACACGGAUAAUCAAGGAAUCGGUAGUCUAUUCAGUGCAUUAAAGGUUGUGAGACUCCUUAGACUGGGAAGAGUGGUUAGAAAACUUGAUCGAUAUCUUGAAUAUGGUGCUGCAAUGCUUAUAUUAUUACUAUGUUUUUAUAUGCUUGUGGCCCAUUGGUUGGCCUGUAUAUGGUAUAGCAUAGGGCGCAGUGAUUCAGAAAAUUGGUUAACUUAUAGCUGGCUUUGGAAACUCGGAAAUGUUACUCAGUUCCCGUUCCACUUACGACCGAACAAUAUUUCAAACCAAAUAGAGCUCGUGGGCGGACCCGAGAGACAGACUAUGUAUAUAACAUCACUUUAUUUUACAAUGACUUGUAUGACUAGUGUGGGCUUCGGUAAUGUGGCCCCAGAAACGGACAACGAAAAAGUGUUUACCAUUUGUAUGAUGGUUAUUGGAGCCCUGUUAUACGCUACAAUUUUUGGUCACGUGACGACAAUCAUCCAGCAGAUGACAUCGGCAACGGCUAAAUAUCACGAUAUGUUGAACAAUGUGCGGGAAUUCAUGAAAUUACACGAAUUGCCAAAAGCCCUGAGCGAACGUGUCAUGGAUUAUGUGGUCUCGACGUGGGCUAUGAGUAAAGGAAUCGACACGAAAAAGGUGUUGAGCUAUUGUCCUAAAGAUAUGACGGCUGACAUAUGUGUACACCUAAACCGCAAAGUCUUCAACGAACACCCGGCCUUCAGACUCGCCUCCGAUGGGUGUUUGCGGGCAAUGGCCAUGUAUUUCAGUAUGGAUCACAGCGCACCCGGCGAUCUACUCUAUCACGUCGGAGAAUCGAUCGAUUCACUCUGUUUUGUAAUAUCGGGGUCUCUGGAAGUCAUACAAGACGAUGAAGUUGUAGCAAUAUUAGGAAAGGGAGACGUUUUCGGUGAUGCCUUUUGGAAAGAGCCCACAAUAGGCCAGUCCUGUGCUAACGUGCGGGCCCUCACUUAUUGCGAUCUUCACGCUAUCAAAAGGGAUAAACUCAUUGAAGUGCUUAACUUUUAUCAGGCAUUUGCCAACUCAUUUGCCAGAAAUCUGGUGCUCACAUAUAAUCUUAGACAUAGGUUAAUAUUUAGAAAAGUAGCUGAUGUUAAACGGGAACAGGAGUUGGCAGAGAGGCGCAAGAAUGAUCCGGUGCCCGACUUAGCUCAGGACCAUAUUGUUAGGAAAAUGUUUUCAAAAUUUCGCAAACCCUCCGAUAGCGGUGUACCCCAAAUAGGCAGUCGUCCCGGUUCUAGUGGCCCCGGAGGACAAACCAAUCAACCAAAUAUUCUACAAGACAUCGAAAAGGGAGAAAUGCCACAAUCUAUACAAACGCACGAACCAAUUAAACCACGACCACUGCCCGGCUCUGAGCCCGAGUCCAGGGGCAGCACUGGUGGUAGUAAAGGCUCAAAGUGGGCAAAUAUAUUGGCUAAUGCAACGCAUAAUGUACCAAAUAAUAAUAAUACUACAACUAAUACUAAUAAUAAUAGUAUACCAGUGCCACAACAACAACCACAACAGCCUCAGCAACAACAACAACAAAUGCAACAACAGUUCCAACAACAACAACACCCAAUUGAAAUGCCUCGACAUCGGGAUCUCACUGACACUGAGAUGCAGAUGUCGGACAAACAGUACGCCGAUAGAGACGAUCAAAAUAUAGGAGCCGUUCGACGAACAGAAUUAGUUUGUAAAAAGUCUGAUCACAUUCAUGUCGUCAAAGACAUACGACCCCCGACUCAGGGAAAUAAAUGGCCCCGAGUUGGCAGCGGUCGACCCGAAACUAUUGAAGAGUCAACUGAACCUCAAGAUAGUGAUGGUAAACGAGUGCCACAAACACAAACUGUAGACUCUGAUGGAGUUCAGGGAGGAGGAGGAGGAGGAGGACAGACACGUGUAAGUGAUUCAACUAAAGUUGUGAUUCAACCCAAAAGCAUCAAUAGUGCAGAUUAUCAACAAAUUAUUGCUUCACUAAUAGACAUGAGAGUUGAUCUCAAGCUUGAGAUACAAAAGCUAAGUAAUAAAGUGACUAAAAUUGAUGAACACAUUGUAGAUAUCGUCAAAAAGCUUUCUGUUAUUAAUGUCAAAAGUGAUGACAAUUCAAACCUUGUGUUUGGUACCAAUUCUGCCGGUGCUGAUAACAAGUCGACAACAAAACCACUGUCUGUGAUCUCCAAUAAAAAUAAUGACUUUUUCGAUGAAAGAGAGGAAAACAGAUUACAAGAAGAAAGUGCUGUCAAAAAUAGGAUCGACUCAAAGCGCGAGUCAAAAGAUCCUAAAAGUGCCGACAAAAUUGGUCACAGAGUUGUCUCUCAUCGACCCAUCCCAUCAGUGCCCAUACGGACUAAUAACUUAAGUAGUAGUAGUAGUAGUCAUAGAAAAACUGAUAAAACAUUACAAAAACAAGUGUCAGAAAACUCCAACACCGAGACUGAAGAGAUGAGAGCAAUGUUGGAGAACGAGAUCGCAGAACAAGAGGUGGACAACACCGACGAUGACCAGGACCUCACUUCCAAGCUAUAG